AUGGAAGAGCUACCUCUGGCUCAAUCUGACUGUCUACCUCCCAGUCCAGGCAGAGGGAACCUCCCAGGCCAGGCAGAGAGAACCUCCCAGGCCAGGCAGAGGGAACCUCCCAGUCCAGGCAGAGGGAACCUCCCAGGCCAGGCAGAGGGAACCUCCCAGGCCAGGCAGAGGGAACCUCCCAGUCCAGGCAGAGGGAACCUCCCAGGCCAGGCAGAGGGAACCUCCCAGGCCAGGCAGAGAGAACCUCCCAGGCCAGGCAGAGGGAACCUCCCAGUCCAGGCAGAGGGAACCUCCCAGGCCAGGCAGAGGGAACCUCCCAGGCCAGGCAGAGGGAACCUCCCAGGCCAGGCAGAGGGAACCUCCCAGGGCCUGUACCCCGCUGCCCUGUCUCAGGGCCUGUACCCCGCUACCCUGUCUCAGGGCCUGUACCUCGCUACCCUGUCUCAGGGCCUGUACCCUGCUACCCUGUCUCAGGGCCUGUACCCUACUACCCUGUCUCAGGGCCUGUACCCCGCUGCCCUGUCUCAGGGCCUGUACCCCGCUGCCCUGUCUCAGGGCCUGUACCCCGCUACCCUGUCUCAGGGCCUGUACCUCGCUACCCUGUCUCAGGGCCUGUACCCUGCUACCCUGUCUCAGGGCCUGUACCCUGCUACCCUGUCUCAGGGCCUGUACCUUGCUACCCUGUCUCAGGGCCUGUACCCUGCUACCCUGUCUCAGGGCCUGUACCUCGCUACCCUGUCUCAGGGCCUGUACCCUGCUACCCUGUCUCAGGGCCUGUACCCUGCUACCCUGUCUCAGGGCCUGUACCCUGCUACCAUGUCUCAGGGCCUGUACCCUGCUACCCUGUCUCAGGGCCUGUACCCUGCUACCCUGUCUCAGGGCCUGUACCCUGCUACCCUGUCUCAGGGCCUGUACCUUGCUACCCUGUCUCAGGGCCUGUACCCUGCUACCCUGUCUCAGGGCCUGUACCCUGCUACCCUGUCUCAGGGCCUGUACCCUCCUACCCUGUCUCAGGGCCUGUACCCUGCUACCCUGUCUCAGGGCCUGUACCCUGCUACCCUGUCUCAGGGCCUGUACCCUGCUACCCUGUCUCAGGGCCUGUACCCUACUACCCUGUCUCAGGGCCUGUACCCUGCUACCCUGUCUCAGGGCCUGUACCCUGCUACCCUGUCUCAGGGCCUGUACCCUGCUACCCUGUCUCAGGGCCUGUACCCUGCUACCCUGUCUCAGGGCCUGUACCCUGCUACCCUGUCUCAGGGCCUGUACCCUCCUACCCUGUCUCAGGGCCUGUACCCUGCUACCCUGUCUCAGGGCCUGUACCCUGCUACCCUGUCUCAGGGCCUGUACCCUGCUACCCUGUCUCAGGGCCUGUACCCUGCUACCCUGUCUCAGGGCCUGUACCCUGCUACCCUGUCUCAGGGCCUGUACCCUGCUACCCUGUCUCAGGGCCUGUACCCUCCUACCCUGUCUCAGGGCCUGUACCCUGCUACCCUGUCUCAGGGCCUGUACCCUGCUACCCUGUCUCAGGGCCUGUACCCUCCUACCCUGUCUCAGGGCCUGUACCCUGCUACCCUGUCUCAGGGCCUGUACCCUGCUACCCUGUCUCUGGGCCUGUACCCUGCUACCCUGUCUCAGGGCCUGUACCCUGCUACCCUGUCUCAGGGCCUGUACCCUCCUACCCUGUCUCAGGGCCUGUACCCUGCUACCCUGUCUCUGGGCCUGUACCCUGCUACCCUGUCCCAGGGCCUGUACCCUGCUACCCUGUCUCUGGGCCUGUACCCUGCUACCCUGUCUCAGGGCCUGUACCCUGCUCCCCUGUCCCUGGGCCUGUACCCUGCUACCCUGUCUCUGGGCCUGUACCCUGCUACCCUGUCUCAGGGCCUGUACCCUCCUACCCUGUCUCUGGGCCUGUACCCUCCUACCCUGUCUCUGGGCCUGUACCCUGCUACCCUGUCUCUUAGGUUUUGA